CGUACGUGCUCGGAUUGAUAACAACGUCAACAUCGGCCUUGCAGUACAUACGGGUUCAGAUAUCGGCUGAAACAUUCCAUCGCCGACCCUCAUAUACGACUCUUCAGCGCUAUAUGGAGUACGGAUUGGGAAGUGGGGAGGCGCGGGAGUGGUAGGUACUGUCUUGGGGGAGCUUGAUAACUAUCGAGGUCGCCUGGAUUGUACCGGUCUGGUUAGAAGGGUCCACCGGCUCGGAAGUCGGAAGUCGGAAGUCUCAAUUCAAAGCUAGGAAGCUGAAUGUACUUUCUUUAUAUAAAAGUCACUGCCCCGUCGCAAUGGCCGAGUGAUUCAUAAACAUUGCCUCUGCACCUCUGCCUCUGACUCACCAUCAUAACUCAAUUCCUCCCCGUGGGCAUACCUCAUACCUCAAUGGCGCCUCCACCAGCAACAAUUGUGGAUCUGAACUCCACCGCCGUCAACGAGGUCCUCUGCAAGUCCAAUGUCACCGCCUCCGCCGUUCCAGCAAGGCCCGUCACCGAUGACCCAGUCCUGGCCGAGCUCGACGCCUCCAAGCUGAAGACUACCUUCACCAACUCGCCCAAGCCUUACUCCCGGCCGGAGUCCACACAAUGGGGGAAGUCCGACGCAACCACCGAUCACUGGGUGACCGUCAGGUGGACCGAUACCGUGGGCUGGCACGCACCAGAACUGCGUCCAUACACUCGUAUGGAUCUCUGGCCCACCGCGUCGUGCCUGCACUAUGCCACCGAGUGCUUCGAGGGAUUGAAGGCAUACCGCGGUUACGACGGCAAGAUCCGCCUGUUCCGUCCGGCCAGGAAUGCUUCCCGCUUCUUGCUCUCUUCGACCCGCAUUGCGUGCCCGGAUUUCCCCCCCCACGCUGUCGAAGAACUAAUCAAGGCGCUGGUUUCCGUGGACGCGGAUAAGUGGCUGCCGGAGCCCGGAACCUUCCUCUACAUUCGACCCACUAUGAUCGGAACCGGCCGCGCCCUUGGUGUGCAGAAGCCCCGCGAGGCGCUCCUCUACAUCGUCAUGGCGCUCUUCCCCAAGCUGGACGGUCCCAUGAAGCUCCUAGCUAGCUCGGAAGACAGCAUCCGCGCGUGGCCCGGAGGAUUCGGCUACGCCAAGGUGGGCGCAAACUACGGCCCCUCGCUGAUGGCGCAGAAGGAGGCGCAAAGUCGGGGGUUCAACCAGAUUCUCUGGCUUUUCGGACCGGACGCAUCCGUCACCGAGGCUGGCGCCUCGAAUUUCUUCUGCGUCAUCCGCAACAGGGAGACCACGAAGCUGGAGCUCAUCACCGCGCCGCUGGAUGACAAGAUCAUCCUCGACGGGAUCACGAGACGUUCGGUGCUGGAGCUCGCCCAGGAGCGGCUGUCGGAAGAGCUCGUGGUAGUGACAAAAAAGUACACUAUGGCGGAUCUGGCGUUGGCGCACGACGAGGGUCGUUUGAUCGAGGCGUUCGCUGCGGGCACGGCAUUCUUUGUAGCGCCGGUGACGCAGAUUCACUUCCGGGGCAAGGAUAUUGCGCCCAGUAAACUCGGCGGUGAAGGUACCUACACCAACAAGAUCAAACAGUGGCUAUCCGACAUCAUGUUCGGCAGGGCCGCUCACGAAUGGGGGGUCGUCGUCGAGGAGAAGGGUUUCGAGAAUGAAGUUGUCGAUGAGGUUGAAAUCGAAGAGAUGAUCAGGAAAAUCAAGGAGCUCAAGCAGGGCAAGGCCUGGGAAGCUGCUUACGAGCGGGUCCGGAGCGAAGAGCUCGGAGAGGAUACCGAUUAAAAAUGAAAGUCCGUAGAUGGUAGAAGUGUUUCCGGAGAAGAUUCCGUACGCACUGCCUAAGUAAGUGGGUACUGGGGCCUUCUCUAUGGGUGUUUUCUGCUUUAGAUGGGAGGUGUUUGGUUUUUGGUUUUGGUCUUUGUUUAUUUGUUCAUUGCCGCUGUAACUUUGAGAUCGGAUUCUGCAUACCUACUAUAGUUGAUUCUACAGUACAUAAAUCUUAGUUAUAUGGAUCAUAUGGUUCUUGCAGGCGGAGAAUGGCUG